AUGGGUGGGGCUCCAUACAUCAGCAAAUCUAGGGAUGAAUGGCUGUUGGCCAUUCUAUCUGUCCUUGAGGGUAGCCGAGCAGAUGAAGCAGAGGCUGACUCCUAUCUCACCCGAUUCACCGUCCCUCAGACAUACAAUUACUCUGUUCUCCUUGUGGAUCCUGCUACCCAUACACUUUAUGUUGGCGCCCGGGACACCAUCUUCGCUUUAUCUCUACCUUUCUCAGGGAAGAGACCCCACAGGAUCGACUGGAUAGUGCCUGAGGCCCACAGGCAGAACUGUAGGAAGAAAGGCAAGAAAGAGGACGAAUGUCACAAUUUUGUCCAGAUUCUCGCCAUUGCCAAUGCCUCUCACCUGCUCACUUGUGGCACCUUCGCUUUUGAUCCGAAGUGCGGGGUUAUUGCUGUGUCCAGUUUCCAGCAGGUUGAAAGAAUUGAGAGUGGCCGGGGGAAAUGUCCUUUUGAGCCAGCUCAGCGGUCAGCAGCUGUAAUGGCUGGGGGGGCCCUCUACGCUGCCACUGUGAAAAACUACCUGGGGACAGAACCAAUUAUCUCCCGGGCUGUGGGUCGUGCUGAGGAUUGGAUUCGGACAGAGACCUUGCCAUCCUGGCUUAACGCUCCAGCCUUUGUCGCAGCCGUGGCCUUGAGGCCAGCCGAGUGGGGGGAUGAAGACGGAGAUGAUGAAAUCUACUUCUUCUUUACGGAGACUUCCCGAGCAUUCGACUCAUAUGAGCGCGUUAAGGUUCCUCGGGUGGCCCGUGUGUGUGCGGGGGACCUUGGUGGCCGGAAGACCCUCCAGCAGAGGUGGACGACAUUUCUGAAGGCUGACCUGCUGUGUCCAGGGCCUGAGCAUGGCCGGGCCUCCAGUGUUCUGCAGGACAUGGCCAUUCUUCGACCUGAGACUGGAGUGGGAACCCCCAUCUUCUAUGGCAUCUUUUCCUCCCAGUGGGAGGGGGCUGCCAUCUCUGCUGUCUGUGCCUUCCGGCCACAAGACAUUCGGUCAGUGCUGAAUGGUCCCUUCAGAGAGCUGAAACAUGACUGCAACAGGGGACUGCCUGUCAUGGAUAAUGAUGUACCCCAGCCCAGACCGGGAGAGUGUGUCACCAAUAACAUGAAGCUCCAGCAGUUUGACUCAUCGCUCUCCCUGCCUGACCGUGUGCUAACCUUUAUCCGGGACCACCCCCUCAUGGAUAGGCCAGUGUUUCCAGCUGAUGGUCACCCCCUGCUGGUCACUACAGAUACAGUCUAUCUCAGAGUUGUGGCUCACAGGGUGGCUAGCCUUUCAGGGAAAGAGUAUGAUGUGCUCCACCUGGGGACAGAGGAUGGACACCUCCACCGAGCUGUGCGGAUUGGAGCCAAGCUCAGUGUCCUUGAGGAUCUGGCCUUAUUUCCAGAGCCACAGCCAGUUGAGAGCAUGAAAUUGUAUCAAAGCUGGCUCCUGGUUGGCUCCCGUACUGAGGUGACACAAGUGAACACAGCCAACUGUGGCCGUCUCCAGAGCUGCUCAGAGUGUAUCCUGGCCCAAGACCCUGUCUGUGCCUGGAGCUUCCGUCUGGAUGCGUGUGUGGCUCAUGCUGGGGAGCGUGGAGGGCUGGUCCAAGACAUAGAGUCAGCAGAUGUCUCUUCUUUGUGUCCUAAAGAGCCUGGAGAACACCCAGUAGUGUUUGAAGUUCCCGUGGCUACAGCUGCACAUGUGGUCUUGCCAUGUUCCCCAAGCUCAGCCUGGGCAUCCUGUGUGUGGCACCGGCCCAGCGGAGUGACUGCUCUCACCCCCCGGCGAGAUGGGCUGGAGGUGGUGGUAACCCCAGGGGCCAUGGGUGCUUAUGCUUGUGAAUGUCAGGAGGGCGGGGCGGCCCGUGUGGUAGCUGCUUAUAGCUUGGUAUGGGGCAGCCAGCGGGCCCCCCCAAGCCGGGCCCACACAGUGGGGGCUGGACUGGCUGGCUUCUUCCUGGGGGUUCUUGCAGCAUCCCUGACUCUCUUCCUGAUUGGUCGACAUCAGCAGCGACGGCGACAGAGAGAACUUCUGGCUAGAGACAAGGUGGGCUUGGACCUGGGGGCGCCGCCAUCUGGGACCACAAGCUACAGCCAGGAUCCUCCCUCUCCCUCUCCUGAAGAUGAGCGGCUGCCCCUGGCCCUAGGCAAGAGGGGCAGUGGCUUUGGUGGCUUCCAUCCACCCUUCCUGCUUGAUCCUUGCCCGAGCCCAGCCCACAUUCGGUUAACCGGGGCUCCUCUGGCCACUUGUGAUGAAACCUCCAUCUAGGGCUGGGCAAGUGAUCACUGGCAUGGAAUGACCGUUGAGAUGCUGGGGUCACUGGGCCUGGAAGACGAUCAUGGCCCAAGUUCUCUUUGGCCUUUGAGCGAUCGCUUGACUUCAGUGUCUGCCCUUGCUGGGCCUGGAUGGGCUCGAGGCCAGGCCAUUGAGUCCUGAUUCCUGAUUCCCACGAGAGAUCAGAGCUUCUUUCUGCAGUGAAUCAGAACAUUUCCGACCCAUGCCCUCUGAAACCCUGUGACCCACUUCAGCCCUGGCCCACUAACUUGGGCCCGUAAGUUUGGAGAGGAGCAUAGGACACAGCUAUGACUUUGCCUUCUGGUUGGACCCUGGCCGGAAGGAGGAGCUGUGGAGGUGGUUGGGGGCUCAUGUGCACUGAGGCCUUGGGGUGGUUUUGCUGAUUCUCUCAGUUAAUCUAAUUCUCCAUGGGGAGUGCAUGAUCCCCAUGUUACAACAUGGAGUCUCUGCCCUGGGAUCUGCCUCCACCCCAGUUUUCCUUCUUUCAUGAAACAGUAUGUGUGUAUAUGAGUGUUCAUAGGAGACCUGGCCAAAUGUGCAUGAAUGACUAGGCCAAUGCUCAGGUAUAUUCAUGGAGGGGAAGGCUGGGAUGGAGG